GCAGUGGCUGUGCCUGCCUGCUCAGUUAUCUCUGCGCCCGAGCUCCGUUUUGCAACAGAUUCGCAGCUGAACUCUCUCUGCGGCCACCAUCCACCGCUGUCGCGGACCUGCAUUGCUGUAGCACUGACACUGCACGCUGCCACGAUGUCGCCCGAAGGCGCCGCACUCGCAAAAUACAUCCGCGAGCAGUUAAACGGAGGCUGCAACACGAAACUCGACCUCUGCGCCCGGUUGCCGUGCGACGACGCCGAGCGCAGCGUGGUAGCGCUGCAGGACAUCAACGCGGGCGAGCUUUUACUACGAAUUCCCGUAGAGGGCUGCCUGCGCGGAAGGGGCGACGCCGUCGCGACUGAGCUCGCCGCGCGGCUGCAGCUAUCGGAUGCGUACGUCGCGACCCUACCUACAAACCCGCCUGGCCUCGAAACGUGGACGCCGGCCGAGCGCGCCUUAUUGCGAGGGACGCGGCUCGAAAAUGUUUCAAGGGGAGACGCGGACCGCGCGGCGUUGUUGGUGCGGACGCGGUGUGUCCACGUCUCCGAGGAUCAAGUCGCGAUGGUCCCCGGCGUCGACGCGUUGAACGACGCGUCGGGCCGCGCGGCGCCGGGCACCACUUUGAAAAUAGGAGCCUGCUUCGAGAUGGUCGCCGAACGUGACCUGUCUCAAGGCGAGGAAGUGACGCAUCGCUACGACGACGUUGUGGACGCCGCGGACUACUUAGAGCGCUACGGCUUCGCGCCGGUCGUAACAACGUGCUCCAAAGUCUUCGCGGUCGAGGACAUUGUUGAAGCGUCACAGAAUGCCGGGAGGCGAGAAGUUUGUUCGACCGUGCUGGCCGCCUCUCAAGGAAGAGUCUGCGUGACGCCGCAGGAGCCAUUGCCCGACGACCUGCUGAACGCCGUCCUCGUCUGUGUUUUGCAGGACGAGGAAGAGUUGGAGGAGCUCAUGGCGUGCACCAUCGAGGAUCACGAUGAAGACGGGCGGGAUCCCGCGGCUUGGUCAAAUGUUGACGCGCGGGGAUUACUACAGCAGGCGUCGGACGUUGAACGGGAUUUGGUCGCGGCGGGUCUGGCGCGGCUCGCUGACAAUGCGCUCGCGGCCUACGUUUUGAGCGCAUCUGCAGAGUGCGAUCCUUCCAGGGUCGAGGCGGCGCGGCGCGUCCGCGAUUCUGAAAGGAGCGCGUGCAUCGCGCUGCGGGCCGCGCUCAAAGAUAUGGCCUGGCUCGGGGCGGCGCCGGCGUCGCGGAAGCGGGGGCGCGACGAGGACCCGGAGGGAGCUUAAGUUGUUGUGUUCGUUGGUUGUUCUUCCAGCGGCGGCACCCACAAG